AUGUCGUUCCCUCCGGAGUGGCAGGACUAUUCCCCAGGGCAAUAUGCGAUGGAAGAUAAUCUCCAGUUCGAUUACUUUGACUUUCGGUCCCAUCAGCAUGCGCACAUGGCAACGGCACCAAUCUCCGAACCCCCGAGCCUUGGUCAAGCUACGACAAACAUGUCGGCGGAGUCUUCCAGAGGGAUGACUCUACAAAGUUCCAUGUCCACGUCAAAUCCUACUCAGGUCAAAGGGAGGAGAGUUAGAACAGGAUGCCUGACAUGUCGUGAGAGGCAUCUCAAGUGUGAUGAAGCAGUCCCUGAUUGUAUGAAUUGCCGGAAAAGAGGUCGUGAAUGCAAACGAGGCGUGCGUCUAAACUUCCUUGAGAUCAACCUACACAGCCCUGCUGCUAUACCGCAUCCAGAGGAUUGGGCAGUCGAGUUCCAAGACGAAUCGCGAGAUAUUGCCUCCGAAUACCGAGGCGGACUUGGUCGUUACGCACCAUAUUCUCCGGGACUCCAAGAUAGAUACGACUCGAAAGAAGGAAUACCUCUGGGAGUAGAGAACCAUCCAAGGGAGGCAGGUCCUUCCACUGACCAGUUCCAAACCAGCUCGCAACAGUAUUUCAGUUAUGCACGGGAUAACACCACACCCAGAGCUUUAGACAACUCGAGACCUCCACCCAAUGAUGCGAUUAAGCUUGAACACAACGAUUCUGGGCAAGGAAUCAUGAGCGAUGUAUCGAAUAUUGCAACUCCGCCCUCAUCAACACGUUCAGUCGUAACCCCAAGGACAGAGACGUUUCCAGAACAAUUGAUAGCAAUGCGGAAUCGGCCUUUAUCACAACAAGCGGCAGUCGAAGAUAUGAGCGACAUGGCGUUGCCAGAUCUCAGAACACCACCACGCAACGAGAGGUCUCUGCAUGAACACAUCCAUGAAGAUGAGCAUAUACAUCGCCCAGCCUUCCGAAACAUUGAGCUGGUGAGCCGUGAUAUCCUCACAUCUGCUGAGGAAGUUCACUAUAUGCAAGUCUUUGUUGACGAUGUUGCAAUCUGGAUGGACUCAUUCAAUAGAGAUAAAUACUUUGCCAGAAGUAUCCCGCAUCAUGCCCUCAGGUCGACCAUGCUCUUCAACGCACUUCUUGCGUGUGGUGUCAAACAUGCUUCUUUGAUGUCCCAGGAAAACCAUGAUAAAGCGUUGUUCUAUUACAACACGGCAACAACACAGCUUUUGAGGAGUUUGCAGAACCCCGAUCGGAACACUGCCGAGUGUGCCACGACAGCGAUUGUGCUGAACGUAUACGAGAUCAUGUCCGAGAAGCCUGCACACCGAAUGAGCCACAUAGCAGGGUCUCGAGCACUGGUUCGAGAGUGCGGGUGGGACGCAAAGAGCAAUGGCAUCGGGUCUGCCUGCUUCUGGUUGAAUAUUGGGAUAGAAGUUCUGAAUUGUCUUGCAGCAAAUUGGCAGACAACAUGGAGCCCUGACGAAUGGGGCAUCGACUUUCCAGAAUCCGACGACCACCGUCACAACGAAGAUGAACAGACUUGGGUACACCGGGCAUUAUAUGUUGUUGCAAAGGUGACAAACUUUCGUGCAACUGCAGGCCAGUUCGACAACAUUAGCCCACAGGCAGAGCAAAACUGGGUUGGUAACCGCCUGUCGCAGUGGUAUGAGCUUAAGAAGCUCUGUGACGCAAUCGCAGCUGCUGCACUCACCAACCCUAACGAGCAAAGUGAAGUUCUCGAGAUUCUUGAAAGGAUCAACAACAGAAACGGCUGGCGAGCCAGGAGCCUCAACCACGCGAAGGACCUCAACAUCUUUGACGCCCUCAAGGCUAUCAACACCACCAGUGAUGUCCGCUGUGGGGAUGAAGACAUCGGUCAACCCACUGAAUUUUGCUGA